AUGGAGAAGUGUGCCGACUAUGAACGGCACCGGCUCGAACGGCAUUGUGAGACCCUCAGGCGAUACGCCGUAGUUGGAGUUGGAAUGUCGAUGGUCGCCGCAUUUGUUUGCAUAUUGAGUGUGCCUUUCGUGUACAACUACUUGCAAGAAGUCCAAUCGCUAUUGCAGAAUGAGGCUGACUAUUGUAAAGUGAGUUUUGGAAAAGAUUUUUUCACAGGGCGAAAUUUUUUUGAAAAGUCCAAAUUUCCAACCCCAAAUUUUCAGACCAGAUCCAGCGCUCUGUGGCAACAAAUGGCCAAGACGCAGGACAUUCGAGGCGUUCAGAUAAUCCAUCGACACAUCCGUAAUGCCGGCUACGAAACGGUCCCGUUGACCCCCCGGCACGACGGUGGCUACGAUCAUGCCUCAGCUGGCUUGGAGAACACUCCAGCCACUCAAAAGUCCGCUCCCGAGCAGCCAGCCGCCAGUCAGUGUUGUGGAUGCGCGUAUGGCGAGCCUGGAGAGCCGGGAAUCCCCGGAAACGAUGGAGAAGAUGGCCAGGACGGAGAGGCGGGACCUGAGGGUCCUCCUGGCGCCGAUGCGGAACAUGAUCAGACUUAUGAGAAUGAUUUCUGCUUCGAGUGUCCACCCGGACCAAUUGGACCACGAGGGCCGGAGGGAGAGAAGGGAGCGCCUGGUCCAAGUGGGAGGCCCGGAACCGACGCCGCGCCUGGAGAAGCUGGCCUUCAAGGACCUCCAGGACCAAGAGGACCACCUGUAAGACCUUUUUUAUAGCUAUUUAAUGUCUCUCGGAACUUUCUUACUGUAGUAUCGGGCUUUUUUAGUAUUCAUUGCUAUAGUAUUGACCUUUUUUAUAUUCCACUAGUCAUCAAAUACCUCUUUAAUAAAACCAUCAAAUUUUCAGGGAACCCCCGGUCUUCCAGGCCGCCGCGGUGAGCCCGGAAAGCCUGGCGAGCUCAUCGAGCAACACGGUCCACCCGGAGAAGCUGGUAUUCCCGGCAAACCAGGACCAAAGGGAGUUCAAGGACCACCCGGAGUGCCUGGCGCACCCGGUCAGCCAGGCCCCAAAGGUCCUCCUGGAGAGCCCGGAACGCCCGGUCCACCCGGAAAAGUUGGUGCGGAAGGUGCUCAAGGACUCAAGGGAGAUAAGGGACCACCGGGCAGCUGUGAUCAUUGUCCACCACCGCGGACAGCGCCCGGAUAUUAG